CGCAUGUUUUAAAACGUAAGUUGAAAAAAUUUGCUUUUACGCUAAUCCAAAGAUGAAUCUUAUCAAGGUAGAAAAUUCUUAUCAUGUUUUAAAAUAAUAAAGCGUCUGCUUUCAUAAGCAGCUGAUCAUAUAAUCAGUUAUGUUCCAGCUCUUUAUUGUAUUCGAAGUUUUGUAAAGUAACAUGGGAGCUCUAAUAACUACGCCAAUAACUAUUUUAGUGAGCCUUGUUUCAACAAGACCGUCAGAUAUCGUCUUUUGGUGUAAAUGGCUCGCUUCUUACACUUACGCUUCUGUUCAGAAACGUGUUACAAAAGGACGAUUAGAUGUUUACGACAUGGAGCUCAACAACGAACCUUACAAAGUGGGAUUCUUGGCUCCGCCAGAAGAAGUGAAUCUGGAAUCUCCCAUGUCAGAAUCUCACCUUUUAAUGGGCGCAGAUGAAGUAUUUUUCUAUGGUGUGAAUUCACAUACUCAACGCUUGGUCGUUCGCAUUGCCAGAGGUAGUAACCACGAAUCCGAAGCUUGGAUUUACUUAAAGCUAGCCGAUGAUAAAAUUUUUGAACUGAAAGAAACAUCGAGUUAUCAACAAUCGUGCUGUGACAAAAGAGCUUUUACUUGUGGAGGACUUCAAGUGUAUCAUGUAUCACCGAUGAGAAGAUGGAGAAUAUUUUUUAAUGGUUUACUUAGACAGACAUCUGAGAAUGAUUCAUCAGUGGAUAAAAUGGUGCAUGUUAAAUUCGCAUUACGGUGGAGAGCUUCUUCUGACAUUUUCGAUUUCACGACAGAUGUAAACACAGCUGAAUUGUCUAGAGGUCUCGCAAAAGCGAAAUGGAAGCAUAUUUUGCCUCCAAUUUCUGAACUUUAUGAUGCUUUGAAUUUUUAUGCACAAACUGGUACCAUCAUGGGAACAAUAGAAGUUGAUCCUCUCUGUGAAGGCGAAGGCAUAUAUGACAGCAAUUUGUAUCUUUUUGGAGAAAGACUGCGAUUUUUAAGUGAUACAACUUUAGUUACUGGAGCUGAGUUCUGUCACGUCUUGGGUCAUGAUUGGAAAGAUGGAAAGUUUGUGCACCUUGGAAAAGUCUCCGUUGCAAAUAUUGUUAAAGACCUGAAAUUUGGAUUCUUUGUUCAACCUAAUGGUCAAAUGUCCAUUGUUUCCAACAUUGAUUUACAAAUUUUUUCCGAAGAGAGGGAAAAUGACAUAAAAGCAGUAUUUCAAGUGGAUGAUGAACAGUAUAAUUUAAAAGGACAAAUCGUCAGCAGAAAAUCCCACUUCGAGAGCAAGAAAGGUUGGGAUGGAUUUCUAUCAAUCAAUAUUCACAAGAUAAAUCGAUGGACAGUGGUAUCAAAUCCAGUUUUGGUAGCUGAACCAAACAGAGCAAGUGGUGUUGUCAUUAAAGGGACUGUACUACGACCGUCUAAAAGACGAAGUUUCACGAAGCAAUCAGGAAAGGAAAAGAUGUCGUUUGUUAAAGUUGUACCUCCAGUUGUACAUUUUUCCGAUGAAAUAUGUCAGGAACCAGAUGUCAGUGGAGGUAAAGGUUCUUCCUUAGGAAAGCUUACUCAAUUAAGCAAAGAUCUUCAGAAUUUUAUAGUUCCAAAUGGUAUUGUUGUGACAACAUCUGCUUAUGCAGCUUUUAUUACCAAAGAUAUUUUGAAAGAAAUUAAGAAUUUAGAAGAUGUAUUAUAUGGUAGAACAUCAGGAGAUACUAAAAAAGCUUGUCAAAGGGUGAUUGAUGAAGUUGUCAAGACUAAUAUACCAGAUACAUUACUCCAAGCCAUUGUGAAGACUCUUCAGAAAGUUUUUCAAGAUAAUAUGCACACUCUGAAAUUUGCAGUGCGAUCGUCUGCUACUGGGGAGGAUACGGAGCAAAUGUCAGCAGCUGGUCAAAUGGAAACAUUCCUUGGAGUAACUGGAUUGAAAGAGAUUCUUUCUGCUGUGAAGAAAUGUUGGGCAUCCCAAUUUAGUUUCAUCGCAGUGCACUACAAAAGGCAGAAUGGGCAGAUGAUCAACUCUCCAAUGGCAGUGGUGAUUCAAGAAAUGGUACCUUGCGAUGUGGCUGGGGUCUUGUUCACUUGUGAUCCCCUUACAGGCAAUACCGCUCGUAUGAGCAUUACAGCGAACUACGGACUAGGUGAAUCUGUGGUAUCUGGUUCAGAAGAGCCUGAUACGAUCGAGCUUCAGAGAGAUGCUGAUGAUAAUCUGGUUGUAAAAAACAAAAGCAUUGGAUCAAAAAGUCGACGAAUAAUUAUAAAAGAUGAUGAAGGCACACAGACAGAAGAUGUACCUGAAAAUGAAAGACAGGCUUGCUGUUUGUCCGAUGAAAUGGUUUUGAAACUUGGCCGAUUGGCGAUAAAAAUUGAAAAGUACUACAGAUCCCACAGAGAUAUUGAGUGGGGUUUCUGGAACAAGAAUCUGUAUAUAUUCCAGUCCAGACCUGUUACCAGCGGAACAGGAGAAACAGAUUAUGAAAUCGAACAUGAAUUUGAUGCACCAAUGCGUGUAGAAAAUGAAUAUUUCACUGUAUGCAAUGUUGGCGAGGUCAUGCCUGGAGCAAUGACACCGUUGGGUAUGGAUACGCUUAUGAAAUUUUUCAAUAUAGUUUUUAAGAGAAGAACAUUUAUUGAAUGGCAAAGUGCAGUGAAGAGUAAGUAUUUCCCCAAAGGAAUGGCAUCCCUAUACAAUCAUACAGUUUUCUAUGCAAUCGAUCUGAUGGAACAUAUUAGUGAAGGGAGAGGCAUUGUUGAAGCCGCAAUGAUUGGACUUUAUGGAAGAAUUAUUGAUGAUGAUGAUAUGUUCGAGAUGGCAAUGAUAAGAUAUGGAAAGAAAAAAAGACAGUCUUUCUUGGCGAAAAACUUCAAAUUAUUUCUAACUCUCACAACUGCUAGCAAAAGGUUGAAGGAAUAUCAGAAAGCGUACGUUGGAUAUAGAAUACCCGUUGAAAAUUUUAAUAAUUCCAAAGAUCUUUUCGAUUUUCUCUUAUAUUCUUGCAGUGAUCUCUGUGGUGCUAUGCAAGCCCAUAUGAUAUGUUCCCAGACCUCAUCAAUGUGGAACAUGUUUCUCCUUUCAAUCCUUCGUAAAGCAGCUGGAGAACUGAAUGCUAACGUAUACUGCGAUUUUGCUCAGUUUUUAGCAACAAGUGGAAAAGAUGUUGAAAGUGCCGAUGUUCCAUCUGCCAUACAGAACCUGGCGUUUCACAUCGCGAAUGAAAUAAAUCCUGAAGCCUUCAAGAAUAUGAGUAAUCAGGAGAUCUCACAUUGGUUGGAAACGUCACCUUCUGUCGCUGGCAUUAAAUUUAGGGAUUUCCUUCAGAAACAUGGCCAUAGAUGUCUGAAAGAGUUUGAUAUACAUUCAACCACAUGGGGCACAAAUCCUGAAUCUCUUAUUACUCACUUAAAGAAUCUUGCUGGAAACGUAAAGAAUACUACAGAAGAAGAGUCAGACAACUUCAAUAAACUGAUAUCCAAACUUUCGAUACCCUUAGGAUACCGAGAAAGAAUGAUAUUAAAGUUCCUUUUACCGAGAAGCAGAAAUGCUGUGCAAAACAGAGAAAGUUCCAAAUCUUUGCUUAUCAAAGGAAUAGAUGCAUGGAGAAAAGGGUACAAAAAGCUUGCAAGUCUCAUGGUCUGUGAAGGAAGAAUACCAGAAGAGGAACUUCUUUACUUUAUGACCCUCGAGGAAAUUCAAGAGCUACUAAAAUCUAGAAACGCGAAGAUAAUUUCAAGAGCGACACACAGGCGACGACGCUAUCCAGAAAUGGAUAGUUAUAUUUUCCCGGAAAUUUCAAAGGGAAUUCCUGUUCCGGUAAAUUUGGACAGUUCUCCAACAGAAUCAUCUAGCGGUGAAGGUUUUUCAAUGAAAGGUAUACCUGUUAGCCAAGGCGUCACUAAGGGAUUUGUCCGAGUUGCGUUAACAUUAGAAGAAGCAUCGAAAUUAAAGCCUGGAGAGAUUCUCUUGACUUAUAGUACAGAUAUAGGCUGGACUCCUUAUUUCCCAGCAUUAGUUGGAGUCGUCACAGAACUGGGUGGUCUAAUAUCACACGGUGCUGUAGUUAGUCGAGAAUAUGGUCUACCUUGCAUUGCUGGGCUUCAUGGUGCAACAAGAGAGUUCAGAACAGGUGACUACGUAUUAUUGGAUGGCAACAAGGGUAUUUUGCAAAGACUUCCGAAACCAGAAGAUUCUUGAAAAUCUUGAUUAAAUAGAUCAUCGAUUUCAUCAUGAAAUACAUUUAUUAUCUUAAACAUUAACACAGAAGAAGUUUCGUUCAUUUAAUUCAGUGACGGCCGAUGUGGGCAUUUACAACGUGAAUUGAAAAUGCAGCCUGGCUCCAGUGAUCGAACAAUGUACUUUGAAGAUAUGUCAAUACUGAAGAUAUGCCCUGAAAUUAUAUUUAUUCUGAACAUAUAGUGCUCUGACACGUUCUAGUUAAUUCAAGUUUUAUUAAUGUAUAUGGAAUUAUUUGGAUGUGCUGAUUAUCCCAAUGUGUAUAUAAUAAUUUGUUACAUAUAUUAUAUAUAUCUGAGUUAUCAAUAUAUUCAUUAUAGUUAUAUCAAA